UUAUGAUAAUGUGCUUUGACAAGAGAAUUGACAUGAUGAGCUGGAAAGACAAGGAGUACAAUACUCCACUUCACUUUGCCUGUGAGAGUGGUAAUUGUGAAAUUGUGAAGCUCCUUUUACUCAACAAUGCCGAUCCUCUUGCUUGCCGAAUGCACGAUGUCACUCCUCUUCAUAUUGCUGCUAAAGAGGGCUUCAUUGAUAUUGCUUCUGUCCUACUUCAGAAUGAUGCCUCUGAGAUUGAUAUUGCUGACGCCAACCUACUCUCUCCCAUUCAUUAUGCUGCACAGUUUGGUAAAGUAAAGAUGAUAGAGUUUUUAUUGCAUAAAGGUGCAGACAUUGAGUGUCAGGACACAGACUCAUACACUCCAUUGCUCACAUCAGCAGCUUAUGGUCAACUCCAGGCAAUGAAGGCUCUCAUUAAUGCCAAAGCUUCAACUGAUGAUGUUGACAGAAAUGGCAAAUCUCUCGUAUUCAUUACAGCUGAAGAAGAUCAAGUUCAAAUAUUAGAGGCUCUUGUAUUGGGUGUGUAUGAGAAGUGGGGCAGCGAACUGGUCAAUACUCCUGACGCCAUUCACAAUACUCCAUUGCACAUUGCUGCCAAGAAAGGACACAUUAACUCAUUGAAGAUUUUGCUCAAGGCUUCCCAUUUAAAAGUUGAUGCUCGUAACGAGGCUGAGAGGACUCCACUCCACUUAGCAGCAGUAGCUGGUCAUGCGAAUGUUAUAAAUGAGUUAUUGCAUUAUGCUGAGGAGAAUGAUAAGGAUAUUCUUAAAGAUGAAGAUGAUGAUGGGAAUACUGCUCUGCAUUUGGCUUGUAUCAAUGAAAAGUUUCAAGCAGCAAAAGCACUCAUACUAGCUGGAGCUGAUCCUGAAGACAGGAAUGCACGCCAAUGGACUCCAAUGGACUGUGCUGCCGAGUCUGGUAGAGUUCAAAUCGUUCAACUUCUGAUUGAUGCUGAGGCUCAAGUUGAUCCAAGAGAUAUCAAUAACGCUACACCACUUCAUGUAGCUUGUAAGGCAGGUCACAUUAAAGUUGUUAAUGUAUUGUUGGAAAACGGAGCCAAAGUAUCUAUAUGUGACUCUAAAGGAUUUAAUGCUCUUGAUGUCGCCAUUGAAAAUGGACAAAAGGAUGUUGCCAUGGCUAUUGUCACGAGCAACCAGUGGAUGUCAGCACUUCGCAAUGUUACCUAUUUUGAUCAAAGUACAAAUAGUGCAGUUGGAGGAGGAGCAAUGGGCGGAGCCACUUUUACCACACCAAUGAGACGUAUCAUACGCAAAAUGCCUGAUGUUGCUGAGGUUGUUUUCAACCGUUGCUGCCAGACAAACGAGGAUGCUGUAUCCAGCAUUGAUCAUCCUGACUAUAAGAUAAACUUCAUUUACGAGUUUCUUGAGGACUUUAGAGUUGACUCAGGAUACUCAAGAAGAUUUACGAGGACCAGAACAGCAAGAAGGCGUUCAGUCCCAAUAGAAGAGGUGGCCUCUAGUGCUGGAGAUUUUGAUGAAGAUACAGAAGGUGGUGGAGGAGGAGGAAGAGCGAUAGGUGAUGAUAAUGAAGGGAAUGUUGGGUAUCAAACUACUUGGGGACCAGUUGGUUACUCAAGGCAGGAUCACUGUCUACAAAUACUAGCUAAUUCAAAAAGUGUUGAAUUACUGAAGCAUCCACUAGCUGCUAAUCUGCUGCAUUACAAGUGGUUCAAGUAUGGGCAGAUGCUGUACUUCAGUAAUCUCUUCAUUUAUCUUCUUUUUGUUAUCUUCCUCACUUCAUUUGCAUUGGCCUCUCUCUCUCCAAACUCCAACACUUGUCAGAUAGUGCUUAGCAAUGCUAAUUCCAGUUCACUCAGCUGCACUGCUGAAACAAGUCGAGCCUCUCAAUAUUUUGUACCAGUUGGGGCAGCAUUUGUAAUCCUAUUUGCCAUCAUAAAGCUUCUGUUUGAGUUCAUCCAGUUUCUUAAAUAUCGUAUCCAGUACCUCCUCGAUUGGGUCAACUAUCUGGAGCUCCUCUUGUUUGUUUUUGCCAUUUUAUUUGCAUUCAUUUAUACUGAGGAUUGCUACUGUCCUCACAAAUGGCAAUGGGAGUUGGGGGCCAUAGCCGUCUUCCUGAGUUGGAUCGACCUCGUGAUUUUCGUCAGUAAACUACCCAUCACUGGAAUAUAUGUAGUGAUGUUUAUGAAUAUUUUCUAUAUUUUCUUGAAGUUGGUCUUCCUCGCUAUCCUCUUGGUACUGGCUUUUGCCUUUUCAUUUAAUAUGCUCUUUAAUGAUCCAAUCAGCGAAGCAAUGGGAAUACGCACUCCUUUUAUGAACUCCUGGAGGAGUAUUGUUAAAACUAUGACAAUGACGACUGGUGAGUUUGAGUUUGACAGCACGUUCCGUCAGACUGGGUCACAGUCCGAAGCAGGCUCUGACGAUAUUCAGUUUCCAUUUGCUUCCUAUGUACUGUGGAUCCUGUUCCUAAUCCUUAUGCCCAUUCUAUUCAUCAAUUUACUGGUCGGUCUUGCUGUUGACGAUAUCAAGGGGAUGCAGGAAUCAGCCGGAACCAACCGUCUUGCCCUGAGAGUUGAGCUCACCCUUACGGUAGAGGAGUACCUCCCCUUGUGGCUGAGGAAGAACUUCAUUGUUGGCAGGGACACGAUAUACCCCAACAGGAAGCUUGGAUUCAUCAAGCAUCUCCUUUACAAUGUACUUGGAGUCUUUAGAUUUGAUUCUGCUGAGAAUAUCAAAAAUGCACUAAAUGCACCUCCAGCGCCAAUUGAGGAGGUUCAGCAGCAGAAUCAAGCCCUAGCUAGACGUGUUGAUGAUCUAUGCUCAAGUGUUGAGACACUUUCUGAACAGAAUGAGAGGCUACUAGCAGUGGUCUCAGCUCUUGCCGAGAGCCAGGGUGUGGCUAGUAAUGUUUCUGGGAUUCCCCCGUCUUCCCCUGCCCACAGUUUGAAACCUGCCCCUGGCAGUACUUCUCGUGGUCGUAGCCCCUCAGCUCUCUCUGAGAAGACAACAACCUCAUUUAUCUGACCAGUUUCAAACAAAGAAAACUCUAAAACUGCUAUAGUUUUUUAUUAGUUUAUUUUGCUGCUUUAUUUUUUCACAUUUUAUGCUGAGAGUAGUCCUAUGUCCUUUCCCUUAUUUAUAAGAUAGUUUUGCUGAUUAAAUAGUCA